CGUGGAAAGGGUUUGGCUCCACCUUUAAUUUACCACUCCUCUAAUUUUAGACUUCUUCUCUAGUAGCCGAGUAGCUCGGUAUGGUCGUUCCUAUUCUUCUUCGUCGUAUGUUCCUGGUGUCGUUGUCACUGUGUGUCCUUGUCCCAGUAUUCUGGAUACUAAUGAAAAGGGAAGACAAGCUAGAAAGUAUCAGUACUCGUACAGGUAGUACAAUUAGGAACAUUAACCGAGACUCUCAACCAUUGAUUGACUCCUUGAUGGUGAAAAGUAGUGACAGACCAGUAGUUAACAAAUCACAUGUUGAGCCUGGAGUCUUAGUACUGUAUAAAUACAGGUCUAAUUCAGAGCUCAAGAUUGUGAGGAGUCUACUCCAAGCUCAUAGGAUACAGCACGAAACCUAUGUAAUGUCAACUUCACGUCAUAUACCAAAACUGGUUCGUACUGAUCUGCCAGUCAUAGUUGGAAGGUAUAGACUGGUAAUAGUGCUGGACGUUUUUAAUUUUAUAUCCGAACCCUCAAUCCAUGAACUAUUCACAGAAUACUGUCAGAGAUUCGAUGCUGUUAUGAUACUUGUGGCUAGUGGUAAGGAGAAAAUCAUUACUUCUGUACUGGGUAAACAGGUGUUUGAGAAUGACAUUAACCUUCUAACGUUAUCACAGUCUGUUCACAUUAAUUACCUUAAAGUCCAUCAAGCAGAUGACUUUGUUUAUGCUAAGGAUGGAGGCGAGUGGAAUUGGAAAAGCAAUGAUAGUAGCCUGAUUAGUUUCCUGCCUCAUAGAAUCUCACCAGUAACUGGAAAAUCAGUGCCUUACAGUCCCAAAGUAAUAAGUAAGCGAAUUCAAGUCCUGGCAAGUGUACAUUUUCUUCAUAAUGGGAUUCAACGCACUUUGCCUGUUGCAAUUAUUGAUCGGAACUCAACUGACGGUGUUCAAAGAGUGUUCUUUGGGACACCGAUGUCACUUAGCAUAGCUAAACUAUUAUUGCUGGAUGUUAUGCACAUGUUUUCUAAGUCAUAUUCAAUCAUGAGACUAUCAAAAAGGAGGUGGAUUCAGAUUGAUAUUGAUGAUACGUUUGUAGCUCCACUAGGCUCAAAGAUGACUGAUAGUGAUGUAAAAGUAUUACUAAAAGCUCAGCAGACUUUUCAGAAUAUUAUACCUGGCUUUAAGUUUAAUCUUGGAUAUUGUGGUGAACUUUAUCGUGUUGGUCUUCCAUCAGAGACGAAGGGAGACGAGAUGUUAGUAUCUCAUUCAGAACAAUUCAAUUGGUUUGGUCAUACAUUUGCUCACACAAAAACUCAUACAUUAUCACUUAAUGAGCUACACACUUUAAUGAAGCUGAACCAACAGUUUGCUAAGAACUAUAGCAUCACUGUCAAUUCACAUUACUCAGUGUCACCACAUCACUCUGGCAUAUAUCCAAUACAUGAGCCACUAUACACAGCUUGGCGUGAUGUCUGGGACAUAUUAGUGACUAGCACUGAGGAAUAUCCUCAUCUUAGACCAGAUCACAUGAGAAAAGGAUUCAUUCACAGUAAAAUUAAAGUGUUACCAAGACAAACAUGCCAUUUGUUUACUCAUAUAACAAAGUAUGAAGACAUCAUUGGUGGGAGAGAUCAACUGAUUGCAUAUGCAGAAGGAGAUGUUUUUAGUACUAUCUUAUAUAAUCCUGUAUCAAUUUUUAUGACUCAUUCCGGCAAUUAUGCAAAGGAUCAUUUAGCAUUGGACCUUUUCAGUUUGCUGUUUGACUUCAUUAGAAAAUGGACUCAAAUUGAAUUGGUGACUGAUACUCCAAUUAAUCUUGCUAAUGCUUACUUUGAAAUAUUUCCUGAAGAUAAACAGCCAGUGUGGACAUCGCCUUGCCAAGACAAGCGUCAUAUGUCCAUCUGGUCUGGCAGAAAUUGUAGUCAGCUACCGUCACUUGUAAUACUUGGUCCACAGAAGUCAGGCAGCACUGCAUUACACUUCUUUUUAAAACAACAUCCUCGAUUAUUAACUAACCCUAUGACAACUCAUGCUUUUGAAGAGGUCCAGUUUUUCAGCAGUGAUUUAUACUACAAUAAAGGUGUGGAUUGGUACAUAUCUAAUUUUCCCACUCCUAAUUCUACUUCCACUGGGACUUUAGUAUUUGAAAAAAGUGCUACAUAUUUUACUCACUUAUUAGCCCCAGAGCGUAUGCGUAUGUUGAUACCUAAAGCUAAACUGGUUGUUAUAUUAGCAGAUCCUAUUAAGAGAGCUUACUCGUGGUAUCAGCAUGUCAAGUUUCACAAUGAUCCAACAGCAUUGAUCCACAACUUUACAUCAGUUAUUAAAGCUAGUAGGAAGAAUAGCUCGUCUCAGAAUCUUUUGAAUCUCAGAUCACGUUGUCUUCUUCCUGGCAUAUAUCAUGAGCACCUUGAGAGAUGGUUAGAAUACUUUCCUCAGAAUCAAAUUUAUUUUGUUGACGGUGGUGAACUUGUCGAUAAUCCUAUUAAUGUUCUCCUUGGUCUUGUGGAAUUCAUUGGUGUAGAAUAUUUGGAUUUCGGCAAAAUACUUAAGUUUAAUCCCAAGAAAGGAUUCUACUGUGUAGUAUCAAGUAGCAAAAGAAGUAGAACUAUCUGUCUUGGCAGAAGCAAAGGACGACAGUAUCCAGCACUAUCAAAAGAAAACACUCAGUACCUAGAGCGAUAUUAUAGUGCUCAUAAUCGUAAACUUUAUCAAAUGUUAAUGAAAAUGUCUAGAAGGCCACCAACAUGGCUAAUGGAGGAAGCAUCUUAUAGGCAAAUAAAUUAAUUGUUUCAUUGACUCUCAUUCAAUUAUCAUUCACUAAUUUCACUUUGCUUUUAAAAUUCUAGAUUUAAUACUAUAUUAUUGAACAGAGCAAAUGCUAUUUCUUCCUUUAUCCAA